AUGACCAUCUUUGUUUGGAUUUACCUCACUGACCCAUCGUCGCCAGUAUUGUUCAAGGCUGGUGAUGAUGAUUUUGUGUCCGAUGUCAAAGACUAUGCAUUGACCAAGUUCGGUCCCUUGCAAGGGAAACAAGUUGAUGCUUUUGAUCUUGUUCCCUACUCUACAGAUCAAAAUGCCUCCCCUGUACUGUCAACUCAGACUCCUUUGAGUCAACUGGUACCUCUAGGCAAGCAAGGAGCCCUCCAAAUCAUAUUGAAGACCCCUGCUGCCAUUAUAGGAUCACCUCAUGGCGAGGCUUCACCAAAAUCAACCCUCACAUAUGAUGGAAUUCAAUUCGCUGACUCUGGCAUUGUUAAGAGAGAGAAGACAAUCAAGAAGGUCAUAGAGGUGGUCAAAUCAAACAAGGUCACACUCCUAAGAGCUCCUCCAUACACUGGCAAGACCUCCCUUGGCCAACUGCUGGAGCAGCACCUCAAAGAGAUGAUUGUGCUCGAAGAGAAGAAACGCCACUAUGUCAGAAGAAUCUCAUGGACUGCACCAUCCACAUCAUUGGAGCAGCUUUGGUGCCUCUACACAGGCCAGACACUAAAUGAAUGGUUGAUGAUAUCCAAAUUUCGCCCUGUGUAUCUUAUCAUGGACGAAGCACACUCCAUCUUCUCGGAAGAGAGCGAGUGGGGCAAACUAGUAUGGCCAAAGAUCAAGUCCACAGAGUCAACAAAUCUUCACAUCAUACUGUUGGCAGGCUAUGGAGAAACAUCGGUCAGCUCCAUCAUCAGCACACCAUUGGAUCUAAAGAGCUCUCCUCUUGCUUCUCUGGACAUCAACUCCCUUCUCCUUACACAUGCCGAGUUCAACGAGAUGAUCAACAACAACUUUGACAAGAUCUAUGGUGCACCCAUUCCAACAACCGCAGCAGAGUGGAUCUAUUCAAACACAAAUGGACAUGUUGGGCUGGCCAGAAGAAUAGUGGACGAUCUCAAAGGCAAGUUCGGAGAGAAGCUUCGCCUACUCGCAACUGGAAAGCUCGAACUACAACAAGGCGAUCCAACUCUCGAAGAGUCUAUCAUGAAGCAUCUGUUGUCAAAGGACCUUUCAGACACGAUCAGUGACUCGAGAGCAGCACCCCUUGUCAGGAAGAUGUCUGAUGAUCAGUUAACCAUCUUGGACUCUGUUGUCAACGGAGCCUAUGUCCCCUCCGAUGCUGAUACCGUACCCUUGUUCACUCUCAUCAAGCAUGGAUACCUCACACGUCAAGGCAGUAAUGUGAUAUUCCCCUCCCCACUCUACUACCGGUGCUACUUUUCUCAGCGAUUCAAGGCUCCAACCUUCAGUGACAUCAUCGUUAAAACGAGCCAGUUCGAUUUUUUCGUUGAAACAUGCCUCAAGUUAUUCAGGCCCCAACAAGUGUCAACUCGAUUCUCCAGACAUGUCAAGCUUGGCAAUCAAACUACACAACCUUUGGAGGUUGUCUGGCAGAUGGAGUUCUACUACGCAUCAUCUCUCAUUAUUGGUCCAACUGAAGUUGCCCCUAGCGUUGGCAGAGCUUUUGGAUCAAGUGGAUUCUUGGACUUCUACAUUGACACCAUUUACAAAUGGGGGUUCGAAUUGGUCAGCGAAGGUUCCGACAUUGAUGAACACAUCAGGAGGUUCGAUCCCUCAUCGGGCAGAUAUCGCAGCCUUUUGUCGAUGAUCAACAGAUGGGCAGUUAUCGACUUUAGAAGUGCCAAGACAUAUGAGAACAAAUCUCUUACGGUCAACGAUAGCAACCUUUGGGUUAUACUCUACUCUGAAGAUUUCAAGACGUACACUAUCCAUCGACAUGGUCAACCCCCAAAGGUCAUCCCCUCUCCCUAG